CUUUAACUGGUAAUAGAACGAAUAAAAAGAGAAUGUUUGGACUGGAGCGCUAGAAAAUUCGCAAUUGCAAGUAGUAUAUGAUACAGGUAUUACGUUAUAUUUAAGAACUGGGAAUCUGUAGAACCAGGUGGAAUACCAGCUGAAGUGUGAAAGAUGAGUGAGAAUAGAUGUAUGUAACCCACUAGCACCCAUUUUCAAAUUAGGAAUAUUUCCAGAACUGCAACGAUUGUCACAUAAUACAGUUCGUGCUACCUACGUAGUAUGUACACGUGUAUAUAGUACACGUAGUAUGAGAACGUGACAGUAUAGGAGAAAAAGCUAGAGAAAUGGCGAAAUAAUCGUAUACCGUGCUACUCAAGUUUUGUGUGCUUAAAAAAAUUCGAGCCUUUUAGGGACAGGAUAAAAGGCACUAAAAUGUGAAUGUUAAGAUGGAUGUAUAGAGUUCCCCGAAUUGAUAAGUUUAGAAAUUAGUAAAUAAGAGGAAGUGAGAAAUUAACGCGCAGGAAGAAAUUGCUUUAAGGAAGUUAGUAACGUGGUGACCAGUCAAUGACAAAAGAAGAUCAGAUUAACAAAGAAUUAAGUAAAUUACAAUCAUCAUAGGCAUAAAAAAAUCACUAUCAAUCAACACAAUGUUGACUAAAAGUCUAUCUGUGAUACUGAGUUCAAAACAAUGUUACUCUGGAGUGUCUGGGAAAAUUCGAGCACAGAAGUAUGUUCUUACAAAAUAUUUCCAAGGUGAACCUAAAAAAAGUGACUUCAAGGUUGUCGAAGAAGAUCUUCGAGAUUUAAAAGAUGGAGAAUUUCUAGCGGAAGCAGAAUAUCUCAGUGUUGAUCCGUAUAUGCGAGCUUAUAUGAUUGGGUAUAAACUACCAACUGAUAUGAUAGGAGGACAAGUUGCAAAAAUCAUCGUGAGCCGUAACGAAAAAUAUCCCGUGGGAAAAUAUGUGACUGCAUCUUUUGGUUGGAGAACCCAUACAAUUUGUAAUCCCGCUAAAUACAACAAGGUGGCAUCACUUUUGCCUUUGACUCUUUUACCAAAUAUCGAUCCACUGCCUGUGUCAUUAGCUUUGGGAGUAUUAGGUAUGCCAGGGAACACAGCGUAUUUCGGUCUCAAAGAAAUUUGCCAGCCGACGCCAGGUGAAACCAUUGUUAUUACUGGUGCAGCUGGAGCGGUUGGCUCUCAUGUUGGUCAAAUUGGAAAGAUAUUGGGUUGUCAUGUCGUAGGCUUUGCUGGAACUGACGAAAAGUGCGAAUAUUUACAAAAAGAGGUCGGCUUUGAUCGUGCGUACAAUUACAAAACUGCCAAUAUAAAAGCUGCUUUACGAGAAGGUGCCCCCAAUCGAGUGGAUUGUUACUUCGACAAUGUAGGUGGCGAAAUAAGUUCUACCAUUAUCAAUUAUAUGAAUAAAUAUGGAAGAAUUGCUGUAUGUGGAUCAAUUUCAUCUUACAACGACUCUACUUUACCUAAAGCGACUCUUUUGCAACCUGCUAUAGUCCUUAAGGAACUGAAGAUGGAAGGGUUUUUGGUAAAUCGGUGGAUGGACCGUUGGGAUGAAGGUAUUAACGCAAACUUGAAAUGGCUGAAUGAGGGAAAACUUAAAUACCAGGAAAAAGUGUAUAAGGGCUUUGAAAAUAUGGUGGAGGCCUUAGUUGGAAUUUUGAAAGGCGAGAAUACUGGAAAGGCUAUUGUUAAAGUAUAG